UAAUAACAAAGCGGCAGAAACUGCAUCUCCAGUCCUUCAUUUUCUCUCUCUUCUGUCCGAGCGCGCCUGUGAAAUUAUUUCAAACACUUUAUGACUCAUCAGCCAAUGAAAUCCGCGCACGCUCUAUCUAUUUACUAAGAUCCUGUCCUCUAAGCCAAUCAGGUGCGAGUGGGCGUGUCCAGGCGAGUCGCGCCGGGGUAGAAACAGAACCGAGCAGCAGCGGACAGACGCGGUUUACUUGAGAAUGGCGGCUGCUGCGUGCAGUACGCAGAGCACUCUGAACCCAUGCACUGGCAAACUGCACAGAGAGCAUCUGCGGAAAAGUAAAGAUUCGCGGAGGAGACAAGCUGCGCUUUUGUUUCUCACUAAUAUAUCCUUGGACGGUCGGCCUGUGCGGAACAAUGUGAGCGCAGCGGGCCCAAGUGAUGCGGAGUUUCAGUGCUCUGACAUCGGCGCGACUGUGACCGAACUGUCCGCUGCGGCGAGUAGCGAUGAGACCUUCUCCAGCCUCUCUGUCCCCAGACUCGGGCUGCUCAACGUCCCGCCCAUCCUGGUUCUGCCGUCGGAUUCUGGGUUCAGUAACGCCGGGAGCACCGAGAUGUUCCUGGAGAGGGAGAGGGGCUCGUUCUCCUCGCAGAGCAAUCUGCUGUCCCCGAGCAGUCUGCAGCCCACUCCGCUCGGAGCGCGGAAGUCUCCGACGCUGCUGUCAGUGCAGAGCUGCGGCUCUUCGCUGGAGUCUCGACCGCGGAGUCGGAACCCAUCUGGCUCUCCUCGUCCACGCUCUGUGAAGAAAGUCCACUUUAUUAAGAACAUGAGGCAGUAUGACACCAGGGGCAGCAGGAUCGUGCUUAUCUGCGCCAAAAGGUCUUUGUGUGCUGCCUUCUCUGUGCUGCCUUAUGGAGAGAGCUUCUAUAUCAGUGACCCUCGUCUGGAUGCUCAGCGGCGGAGGCACUCAUCUGGAGGAAUAUCCACCACCCUAGAGAUGCUUCCCAGGCUGGAGGGGGUGGAGCUGGGCAUGUACGGCAGGACGGUGUCGUACGCUCAGUUCCUGUACCCCACUAACGCUCUGGACCACCACAAGCCUGCAGUGGAUCUCACUCUGCCCAUGCCGUAUUCCAGAAACAGCAUCCCUUGCAGUUAUCCUCCCUCUCGCCUUAACAGCACCGUCGGCCUGGACCUGGCCCUUGAAGACACUGACUAUGACCCUAAUAUGCUCAGUGACCCACGGUGGCCAUGUGGAAAACACAAAAGAGUGCUCAUCUUUGCCUCAUACAUGACGACAGUAAUAGAGUACGUCAAACCGUCAGAUCUGAAGAAGGACAUGAAUGAGACCUUUAAGGAAAAGUUCCCCCACAUCAAACUCACACUGAGCAAAAUCAGAAGUUUGAAGAGGGAAAUCCGUUCAGUGGGAGAGGAGUCUUCCUUGCAGCCGGUCACCAUAGCCAUGGCAUUUGUGUACUUCGAGAAGCUGGUCCUACAGGGGCGUCUCAACAAGCAGAACAGGAAGCUUGUGGCGGCCGCGUGCCUCCUACUAGCCGCCAAGAUCAGCAGCGACCUGAAGAAACAAGAGGUCAAGCAACUGAUUGACAAACUAGAGGAGAGGUUCCGGAUUAGCCGUCGAGAGCUGAUUGCUUUCGAGUUCACUAUCUUGGUGGCUCUGGAAAUGGCACUUUACCUUCCGGAGAGUAAAGUCAUGCCCCAUUACCGCAGACUGGUGCAGCAGACCUGACGUGGGUAGAGCGGAGGCUCAGGAGCGUCGUGAAUAUGCAGAUGAGAUGCGUAAAGCAGUCAAAAGUUCCCUCCAUUGCAUUUUGAGGUAACAGAGCGGAUACAUAUCAGCACGAAGCUCUAAGCAAGAACUGACGUUCCAAAUGAUGCUUUAUAUAGCAAUCUGGCCAGCGGCUUUUCUUUUCAUGGCUGUCUGUUUUUGUGACCACCAUGGGAAUACUGCUGAGGAAAACAGCACGGAUCUUCUUUUAUUGAAAACAGAAGGUUUUCACACUCACAUGACAAGGGAAAAGUUUUAACUCCUGCUACUUCACUUGUGUGCAAAUGCAUGUUUUUAACAUUCCGUAUCUAUUUACCAAAAAUAACUUUUAUUUAAUUUAGACCUCUACUUUUGUAUAGAACAACCUACCAUUCACUGUAACACUAAAGCACUUUAAAACAAAAAAACAAAAACUAUAAUUGUAAACGUUAUGCAAUAAUAAUAUAGUCAUUAGCACAGAUUAUAUAAUAUAUAUGCACUUACUUUAGUAGCGUACUCAGAAAGUGUUAUUGAGUGACUAAAACUACCUUAGUAUUCAGAUUUAAUAUGUUCAUUUUCGUUGAUAAGGCUUGAUUUUACCGUGAAAAGUGCUCUAUAUUAGAGCUGAUUUCAAGAAAAGCACAUUUUCAGUGCUGCUGUGGUAUUCUCACUUUUUCUUUUUUUUUUAUAGAAUAAAAAAAAAAAACCUCUUUUAAAUUCCACAGAAGAUAGUCAUGAUGUAAAUGUGUAAAAGAUGACAGGUUUUUUAUUUUUAGAUGGUGAAGUAUUCUUCUAAGAUACAUGGUAUUAAUGUAUGUGCACACUUCCAUGCAAAAGGAACACUUUUUUUUGUUUGUGUUUUUUUUUAGAAAUUUCUACUGUUAUUCAACAAGGUUGCAUUAAAUUGAUUAAGUGACAAAAAUCUUUUGUAAGAUUAUUAAUGUCUUUACUAUUUCAAAUAAAUGCUGCUCUUUUGAGCGUUCUCUCAUCAUAGACUCCUGAAUAAAAGGUACAACAGUUUCCACAAACAAGAAAUAAUAAUUUAACAGUGAUGAUGAUUUCUGAAGGAUAAUGUGACACUGUAAAGAUGACUGCUGAAAAUUCAGCAUUGCAUCACAGGAAUAAGUCACAUUUUAAAACACAUUACAACAGAAAACAGUACAAAAACAGUAUAAAAUUGUUUUUACUGUAUUUUUAAUCAAUUACAUGCAGCCUUGUUGAGCAUGUGUGUAUAUGUCAAUUUCACUGUUUAUACAUUAAUUGCCAUAACAUUUUGUGUUCUGUUUCUCAACUAGUAGCAUGACCAUGCAGCAUACUGUGUCAUGAUUUAUCCAAAAGGUUUUCCCUUCUUCCAGCACCCACAAUCUAUGCAAUAUUUUAGAUGCUUUUGUCCCAUUUGCUCCCAAAACAUCCCAUUUCCAGUUCAAUUCAUCUAUGUCUGCCUGAUUUAUGUUUCAGUGCGGACGCUCUGUUAAUGCUGUGUGAAAAGGUUGUGGUGUUUGUCAGUAGCCAGUUUAGGGAUGGCUGCUUUGUCCUUUAUAUACUGAUGUAUUAUACAUCCUUUCAUUUACUUACAUGAUGUGCUGGUAAUGUUGUCCAUAAAUGUCUGUCUAAUAUUUUUAUGAUAGUAAUCCUGAAAUAAGACAUUGUUUUCCAGUAAUAUACCGCGUUUAAUCAGAUAUUGUGCUAUGAAAGCACCAUUUAAGCAGUAAGUAUGCUAGAGCGCCCUCUAGAGGAAGCGAUUUGCAAUCAUAUGUUAAUAGGAAAUCCGUUAUAGGAAGUGGAUCUUGCUACAAAGGCCAAAAAAGCAGCAUCGCACUCAUGUUCUCAGGAGAUAUUUGUAGAUCACACAGAAAUUGGACAUUUUUCCAAGCCUUUGUUAGUUUUAUGUUUGUGUGUGCACUUCUUUUUUUGUGAUCGAGAGCCCCUGAACAAACUGAAAUGGCAGGUCUAAUGGAUGUAAAGUCAGUUUUAUUCACACUGAAUUAAAGUGCCUAGGGUUUUUUGUAAUGAAUAAUUUGGAAAAGGGAAAAUGGAAGCAAGGCAGUUGUAUUUAGUUUAUUUUCACUGAUUUUUCUAUAGCCUCCAGUACUGCACUCCAAAGGCAAAUCAGCGUAAUUGCAUGCAUUGAAAGGGCAUUAUCUCUUUGUUUGUUUGUUUCUUUGUCUUAAAUCUGAGCAUGGUUGAGCCAAACCUGUCUGUCACUGGACAGAUCAUAUUCUAACAGACCCGAUUUCACUCAUAACUCAAUUGUGACAAUUACGGUUUUAUUUUUCAUUUGGACGUUUCAGUUGUGUUUUCGCCUACAUGAAGCGGAUAUAAUCAAAGACAUUUCCUAUGAUCUCUUCCGAGGAGUUCAGCAUAUUUAGCUAAUCUUUCAUUUAUGAAUUAUGAUAGGAAGGCUGGGAAGGACGUCAGCAGCAGAUAAGGGAUACGGUUGUAUUGUAGACCUGCUGAAGUCAUAUUAGCAUCUUUCCUAAAGAUAUACUACAAAUAUAACUCAUUUCUAACUGAUGUCCUUUGAGUAUAAGCUGUCCUUUCAUGUGCUCCCUUGCUACUCUCUCUCUCUCUCUCUCACUCUCUCUGUGUGUAAUCUGUACCUGUUUGUUUGUUUGUUUGUUUGUUUGUUUGUUUGUUUGUUUGUUUGUUUGUUUGUUUUUUUGCAGGUGACAUUCAGUUCAUGUAUGAAGAAUUUUGUGUGUUAAUUGUAAUAAUUAUUGAAUUAUCAUGCACUUUCACAAAUAUACAAAUAUAUUUUCUAAUAUCACUGAAAA